GUGGCUCAUUAAAAAACAGAGCAGCAAAAUGGUUGAGUGGAAAGUGUUGCUGCUUUUUGUUCUUCAUUUGUCUCUCUGUCAGUCUGCAAAGUACCAAAGAACAGUAAAGUACAAUGAUGAGAUACUUAUUAGAUGCCCAACUGGUUUUGAAGGAAUGAAAGAGUUCCUGCAAAGUGAUGAUGUUGAUGUAUGGCACUUCACUUCUGAGGGCAUGGCUGACAUCAGGAUUAAGAAAGACUUGGUCCAGGGAGCUGGUACUUAUAAAGAAGCAACCAAGGAAUGUGUUACGAUUGCUAGUAUUGAAGAUUUGGUACAUCAAUUUGAAGUUAAUAACACAAGAAAUAAAGUUGGAGAUGAUCUCUGGUUUGAAGAUUACCAUGGAUAUGAUGAAAUAUAUGAAUGGUAUAAGGACCUAGCUGAAGAGCACAGUGAGAUAUGUAGGUUUGUGCCAUCAAUUGGGGAAUCACUUGAAGGAAGAGCACAACCAGCAGUUCACAUUGGUAUUGAAACUGGUCAAGAGAAACUUAAAAUAUAUUUCCAAUGUCAGAUUCAUGCACGAGAAUGGAUAUCUGGAGCUACAUGUAUGUACAUGGCAAACUACCUUGUAACAAGUACAGAGGAAAGAGUGAAAAAUAUUUUAGAAAGGGUGGAGUUCAUAUUUGUCCCUUUUGUGAAUCCUGAUGGAUAUGAAUAUACAAGGAGUAACGACAGGCUCUGGAGGAAGAACAGAAGUGUUAAUGAAGGCUCAAGUUGCAGAGGUGUUGAUCUUAACAGAAACUAUAAUGAGCACUGGAGUGAGGGAGGUAGUUCUGAUAAUCCUUGCAGUGAAACAUAUCAUGGUCCUAGUGCUGCCUCUGAACCAGAGACACAAAACACACAAAACUACUUCAGAGCUAAUGCUCCUGUUAUUGGUGCAAUUGACUGGCACUCUUACAGUCAGCUCAUCAUGCGACCAUACGGCUGGACUUAUGAAGACUCUCCGGAUGAUGCUGCUAUGAAGGAAGUCGGCGAUGCUGUCAGUGCUGCCAUAUAUGAAGUUCAUGGAAAAACAUAUACGUCACAAAAGAAAAUUGGUCUCUACCCAACUAGUGGAACUGCUUCAGAUUGGUGCUAUGGGGAAGAUGCAUCAUCAACCAAUGGAGGCUACAGAGCAGCUGGCUAUAGUUUUGAGCUAAGAGAUACUGGGCAAUAUGGAUUCCUAUUGCCACCAGAUCAAAUUAUUCCUACUGGUGAAGAAAAUGCUGCUGGUGCUCUGGUCUUUGCUGAAAUGCUUGCAGACAAUCCUUUAAAAUAUGAAGAAGCUGCAAAGUAUCAGAGAACAGUCAAAUACAAUGAUGAAAUACUCAUCAGAUGCCCAACUGGUGUUGAAGGAAUAAAAAAUUUCUUACAAAGUGAUGAUGUUGAUAUAUGGCGUGUAACUCCUGACGGUAUGGCUGACAUCAGGAUUGACAAGCACUUGCUUCAAGAGAAUUACACUGAAGCACAGACCAAAUGUUCAAUGGUUGCCAAUGUGGAGGCACUGGUGCAGGAGUUUGAAAAAAUGACUACCAGGACCAAAAAGAAAGGUCUAAAAGAUACAUGGUUUGAGGAAUAUGGAGGUAGUUCUGAUAAUCCUUGCAGUGAGACAUAUCAUGGAGAAGGCCCUGCCUCUGAACCUGAAACACAAAACACACAAAACUACUUCAAAGACAAUGCUCCCAUUAUUGGUGCCAUUGACUGGCACUCUUAUGGUCAGCUUCUACUACGACCAUAUGGAUGGACUAAUGAAGAUGCUCCUGAUGAAGAACAGAUGAAAAGAAUCAAUGAUGAAAUGAGUGAUAUAAUAUAUAAUGUUCUUGAAAAAAGGUAUAUAUCUCAAAAAUCAAUAGGACUGUAUCCAACAACUGGUUCAGCUGAUGACUGGUUUUAUGGUGAAGAAGCAACAGAAGCUAAUAAAGGUUAUCGUGCUCCUGGAAUAACUGUUGAGCUAAGAGAUACUGGAGAAUAUGGGUUUCUACUGCCACCAGAUCAAAUUAUUCCAACUGGUGAAGAGGUUGUUCCUGCUGUUCUCCACUUUGCUGAGCAGUACUACGAAAAUCCGCUAUACCCCCAAAAAUAGCCACAAAAAUUUGCUGAAACUGCCAAUAGCUGAAACUCAUUAUGCUUGAAUUUGACUAGCUACUAUUAAAUAUUAAUUUUAUUGCUAUUAAGUAGGGUAUUUUUAUAAUACAUUGAAACUACAGUAACAGCAUUAUCA